AUGAAGAGGUCAUGGAAGCUGAUGGUAGAUAUGGAGGCACCAGCUUGUGAAGUCACCAUGUGCACGGAGGUGGCCGUGGCGGAGGACCUGGUUACGGACCCGGCUAUGGACCCGGCUAUGGUGGGGGAGGCUGUGGUCCUGGAGGUUUUGGCUCUGGAGGUUUUGGCCCUGGCGGCGGCCCUGGCGGCGGCCCUGGCGGCGGCCCUGGCGGCGGCCCUGGCGGCGGCCCUGGCGGCGGCCCUGGUGGUGGUUUGGGUGGCGGCCCGGGUGGCGGCCCCGGUGGCGGCCCUGGCGGUGGCUGUGGUGGUCCUGGUGGUGGCCCUGGUGGGUUUGGUGGUGCGGGUUACGGGCCUGGAGGAAACUACGGGCCUGGUGGGUGUGGGUUUGGCAGCGGAGGUGGCUAUGGACCAGGGGCUGAUGGUCUUGACGGUCCUGGGUUUGGCAGUGGCGGUGGGUAUGGUCCUGGUGGUUGUGGGCCUGGUGGUGGCUGCGGGCCUGGUGGCGGGUGUGGGCCUGGCGGUGCAUGGGGGCCAGGUGGGUUCGGGCGUGGCGGCUGCGGAGGUGGCGACGGAAGCGUUGCUUUCACAGGUGGUGCUUUUGAUGCCGGCUCAUCCACUGGCAAGCACUGGUGGCCGAGGCAACGUGCCAGUCAAGGUGAUCACUCGGGAGGUGCCCAAAGUGGAAGUCAAGCAAGUGGAAAGAGUCGUGGAAGUUCCCAACAUCGAGUACGAAGAUCGUCUUGUCGAAGUUCGCGAGGUGCGCGAGGUGGUUCGACGAGUCCCUCGCAUCGAAGUUCGAGAAAUUCCCAUUGAGAGAGUGAUUCAGGUACCAAAGAAGAUUGUCCAGGAGGUGGAGCAGCCCGUCUACCGUCCAGUGCCACAUCUGGUCAAGCAACAGGUGGAGCGGGAGAUCCCCGUGCCAAAGCCGUACACACAGACACUGGAGGUUGUGAAGCAGGUGUCAGUGCCCACCAACGAAUCUGGUGCUGUCUUGCCACAGUCGGUGGUAGCGCCACAAACAGCACCGACUUCUGGGACUUCGCCCGUGGUGGUGCAUGCACCAAGUCACAGCAGAACUUACGCGUUGCCUCCUGUCCCCAGCACGGGUCCCACGGGCACGGGUCCCAUGGGUCCUACGGGUCCCGCGGGUCCCAUGGGUCCCACGGGUCCCACGAGUCCCACGGGCUUCACAGGUCCUACAGGUCCCACGGGUCCAAUGGGCCCAACGGGUCCCAUGGGUCCCACGAGUCCCACAGGCCUCACAGGUCCUACAGGUCCCACGGGUCCAAUGGGCCCAACGGGCCCCAUGGGCUCCAUGGGUCCGACGGGUCCAACAUCAGCUGGCACGGGACCUUCGCGGACGGCACCUGUGCAGGGAGCGAGCUUUCCUUCCCAGGUGCCUCCAGGCGGUGUUGGUGCCGCCACACCGCCAGCAAUGUACCCUUCUUCAAACGUAUCCAUACCUGCACCCUCGCCGCCUUCCUCACAGACUUUCCAAACCAACGUGAUACCGGGGGGUUCUCCUUCACAGCGUAUGGUCGCGCCCAGCGCUAUUCCCGGUGGUUCAGGCGGUUCAGGCUCUCCUCUGCCACCCAUGGUCGCACCCGGCACAGUACCGGGUGGCUCAGGCGGUUCAGGCGCUUCUUUGCCGCCCAUGGUCGCGCCCAGCGGUGGUUCAGGCGGUCCAGGCUCUCCUUUGCAACCCAUGGUCGCGCCCAGCACGAUACCGGGGGGUUCAGGCUCCCCUUCGCAGCGUAUGGUCGCGCCCGGCGCGAUACCCGGACCCGGUGGUUCAGGCAGUCCAGGCUCUCCUUUGCAACCCAUGGUGGCACCCGGCAUGGUACCGGGUGGUUCAGGCGGAGCACCCAUGGUUGCACCGAGCAUGGGAAGUCGCAUGUAUACCUCGAUCGGCUCCAUGGGACCUGGGGCUCCACCUGGCAGCAUGCCGACCGGCACCGCAGUGCUCCAGGGGACAGGUAGCUUCUCCCAGCAAGGAAAUCCCUUUGCCACGGUGCAAGGAGGACCCAUGCAGGCCGGCAGUGACCUGUUCAGCAGACUCGACACUGAUGGCAGCGGCACCAUCACUCGGGAGGAGUUCGCCAAGUUAGCGGGAUCCGGCGGUCGCGGAAUGUAUGCGUCGAUCGGCUCCAUGGCACCAGGCACCGUGCCGACAGGCACCGUGGCACCUGGUACCGGGGCGCCGGGCUUCGUCCAGACUGGCUCGAUGCAAAUCCCUGGGGCACCUCUACCGAGCAUGACCAAUGCUUCGGCACUCUAUGCUUCAAUGGCGGCGCCUGCAGUGCCAUCGCAGUCGGUCCAGACAUACGCACAGGGAAGCGCUGCCUACCCAUCAGUCACCUUCGGAUCGGCUGCUAGCGUUGGCAGCGGUCGUGCUCCUGCUGGUGCCUCGACUCCACCCAUGGCACCAAGCACCGCGGUGCUCCAGGGGACAGGUAGCUUCUCCCAGCAAGGAAAUCCCUUUGCCACGGUGCAAGGAGGACCCAUGCAGGCCGGCAGUGACCUGUUCAGCAGACUCGACACUGAUGGCAGCGGCACCAUCACUCGGGAGGAGUUCGCCAAGUUAGCGGGAUCCGGCGGUCGCGGAAUGUAUGCGUCGAUCGGCUCCAUGGCACCAGGCACCGUGCCGACAGGCACCGUGGCACCUGGUACCGGGGCGCCGGGCUUCGUCCAGACUGGCUCGAUGCAAGUCCCUGGGGCACCUCUACCGAGCAUGACCAAUGCUUCGGCACUCUAUGCUUCAAUGGCGGCGCCUGCAGUGCCAUCGCAGUCGGUCCAGACAUACGCACAGGGAAGCGCUGCCUACCCAUCAGUCACCUUCGGAUCGGCUGCUAGCGUUGGCAGCGGUCGUGCUCCUGCUGGUGCCUCGACUCCACCCAUGGCACCAAGCACCGCGGUGCUCCAGGGGACAGGUAGCUUCUCCCAGCAAGGAAAUCCCUUUGCCACGGUGCAAGGAGGACCCAUGCAGGCCAGCACUGACCUGUUCAGCAGACUCGACACUGAUGGCAGCGGCACCAUCACACGGGAGGAGUUCGAGAAGGCCAUUCGGCAGGGCAUGGUCAGCUGA